CUUUAUUUUUGGAAGCGACUGGAAGCGAGUGUUGCAGACUACUGGCGUGUUCGGAUGUACGUGCGUAUGCGCAUGACUCCGAGCCAUCAUCAUCACGAGCGAUGUCGACGCGAAGGGCAAUGCCGACGAUGACGAUGUUUAAGUCGAGAAUUGGCUCGACACCGCUGACGAAUGGCAAUGGCAAUCUCGCCGAGAUCCAGAAAUCGACGCCAGCGAGACUCUGGUCGAAGAUUCGCAUGAACGAGUGGACGUUCAGUCUGACGCUCUUCACCUUCUCGCUCGCCAUCAUCGUGGGCAAGCUGUUCAUGAAUUAUGGAAAGCUUUUGUCAUGGCAAUCCGGCGAUCGAUACUCUAUGCCAUCGGUGGCAAUAUUUACGCAAAUGUAUGAAACAAUACCGAGUAUGUCCGAAGUUUUGUCGAAAUUUGAUGCGAAAAAAUUGCCGACGGAUAACAGAAGGCUCUUGAACGCCAAUAAUCAAUACGCGGAAGCAGCUGCUGAUAUGCUGAUAGCAUAUUUUGACAGAUUUGGGUGGCUGUUGAAAGCAACGAUGAGCGGACUUGUGAUAACAGGUUUCUCCUGGUUUAUUCUUUACAAGGACAGCAGUAUACCCGGUGUUAAUCCACCGUCUCCUUUCAGCCCUUCCAAGCAAAGGAUACAUGGCAGCUCGAGAAUACAGAUAAAUUAUUUAGUUGGUGUGCUAAAUGGAAUAUUAUUUUUCGUCUAUAUGUGUCUUUAACGCAGUGAAGACCUCAGUUUUCAAAA